AUGCCUCCGGUCUAUGGUCAGCGAACGCCAUUUUUCCCGAAAGCGGAUGCUGCCGUUCUGCGGUCUAAACAUGCUCCACCUUCACCAACCUCACGCCCGACGGCAGUCGCGCCGCUUCUCGAUGUCGAAAAUGCCAGGACACCUCUCGACCCAUGGUCCAAACAGGUGGCAGAGGCCGUGUAUCCCACUAAGUCAGAUCUUUGGGCGCCAGCACCUGUCCCAGAACGACCGGUCACGUGUGACGUCGACAAAUAUUUGUUUCCUAUGUUAACGUCCAACGAGAGACUGCGGCUCACGGUGCUCUUUUAUUACACGCAUGGUGUCCUCGAAGACACUGAGCUCAUGUCGCGACUCCAGGAAAAAGUUCAUCUUGCGCGCGAAACUGCUGGGUGGGAAUAUGUUAUUGCCGGUCUAAUCGAUCAUAAUACGUUCACUCGUAUGGUGACGGUCGGACUCCCAUUGGCAAUCCUCCCACGUCGUGAGAGCACGUGUGCUCACACUCUGAACCAGCCAGCAGGUAGCAUUUUCAAUCUGGCGAACAUGACAGAAGACUGGCGAUUUCGGAAGUCGCCACACGUUGAUCAAGGCGGGCUUCGCGCAUAUGCUGGCGCACCGCUGCGGUUUGAGACCGAGUCUGGCGAACACGUAGCGCUUGGAUCCCUUUGUGUUGCCUCCAAUUCACCACAGGAACCGCUAUCCAAAUCACAGCAACAAGCCCUGGCUCGCCUUGCUGACUGGAUCGUUAGCGACAUCGUUCACAGUGCGCGAUCUAGACGUCAGCGGCAACGCCGGUGGAUGCUUGAGCUGCUUUCGGUUGUCCAACAAAGGAGUGAGCAGGGCGCUAAUGUGGAAGAGGUGAUCUUGGAAAUUCUCAGACAAGUGUAUCCGUCGACUACUGUCAACAUUCAACGUUCAUACGAUGGUAUGAUACAGUUUGCAGGAGGGCCAUCGCUUCUAGCCAGCGAACUCGAGCAAGGUCUUUGGGAGGACUACGAACACUUCGACUUCCUCAUUGAACAUCGCAACCACGAAGAUCUUAUCGCUGAUCGAGUGGUACGCGUCAUCGCCGCGCAGUGCGCCAGUCAGAGCACACCGACUUUCCUUGUUGUAGGCUCGAAUGACUUUCGUCUGGUCUUUGAUGAUGUCGACUCCUGGUUUGUGAAUAUGUGUGCGGCAAACUUGUGCCGCUUUUGGCAGAGUCAUGCUCUCAAAGAAGCCCUGGCGGCGAAAGAAAAUUUUCUACGAGGGAUUACUCAUCAACUUCGGACACCCAUCCAUGGCAUCUUGGGUUCCGUCGAACUCUUGAUUGAGGAGCUCAACACGCGGAACUUGAUAGGCUCGACCACGGCAUCGUCGCCGUUCAUGACUCCCGACACAGACAAGAUGGAUCCCUACGUAUACAUUAAGACGAUUAGGACAUCUGCGCGCGAACUCAUCUCGACAGUGAACAGUUUGAUCAAGCUUAACCGGUGGGCAGAUGUCGCUCAAACGGAACGUCUGACUGGACUGUAUGCGAUUUCUGAAAUUGAGAAAGCGUUGCUUGACGAGACGACUCAGGUACUUCGGGAUGAUGUGCCAGUGAGAGCGUCUAUUGUGUUCACCAGUCUACUCCCAUCAAACUGCGACCUGUUGGCGAUCGACUUACCGCUUUUUGUUGAUUGCAUUCAACCGUUGCUUAUCAAUGCAUUCCAGAACACCAGCGGCGGUGUUGUCGCUCUGACUAUAUCAAUCAGUAAUGACUUCCAAUCGCUGGUAGUUGAUGUCGAGGAUACUGGACGCGGCAUUAGCCUCACCAAUCAAAGACGCAUCUUCGGCGCAUACGAGAAGGUGGACACCAAUACUACAGACGCCGGGCUCGGCCUAACGCUUGCAACCAAGUCGGCCUCGUUGAUGAACGGUCACGUUUCUUUGGUAUCAUCAGAAGUCGGGAAGGGCUCGCAUUUCCGUGCUGUAUUUGCCAAGCCGGUCACCGCCUGCUCGUUUCCCUUGCUGAAGCCAAUAAAGGAUAACCGUCUUGAGCGUCCGCUCGUCUUUCAUCGAAUCACCCCAUCCUUAGAGACCUCGCUGUUGGGGCAUCACUUUAGCCAGCAUCUUACCAGCUUAGGAUACGUUCAAUCCGAGAACCCUGAUGAACCCCUCCUGAUCAUUGACUAUACCUCCGAUCUAUCAAAGCUUCACGGCCAGGUAUUGCGAGUCAAUUCAAAGCAAAUCGCUAUCUGUCUUGUGCCGGAGUCGGAAUGUUUCAUCAACUUUGACAAUAAGAUGGUGCUUAUAGAGAACAGAGUUAUUUAUGUCAGAGGUCCAUUCUUAUCCAUCACUCUCAAAGACGCCCUGGCGCAAGCAAAUGCUCUCUUCGAUGAUCUCGCUUCCAAGGAAGAGGAGAACAAGUCUUACUUUGACGUCCCGAAUAUCAAUUUCUAUCCGCCCACAACCGGCGACAACGAUGCGAAUGAUGAAACAGGGCCCCCGGCACCGUCGCCAUCGCCUCGCGACUCGGCUUUUUCCCCCACUGUUCAGCUGGACCUUGCGCAACUGCUGCAAAAGCUACAUAUGGCACAGUUACCACUUGUGUCGGAAGAACAACCAGCAUCAACGAAACCGAUGACGCUCCUCGUGGAUGAUAACGCCGUAAAUCUUCGUCUUUUGGAAAUGUACUGCUCCCGCCGGAAGAUACCAUAUCGCACGGCAGCCGACGGUCAACAGGCUGUCGACAUCUUUGCCGCUCAUAAUGCAGUGCCGCCCACUAUCUACGAUCCACUCCUGCAACAAGACCUCGUCACAAAGCCGAGAGUUGAGCCCUUUCAGCUCGUGCUGAUGGACCUCCAGAUGCCCGUCUGUGACGGCAUCGAUGCAACGCGGCAAAUACGCGCUCUAGAGAGGAAGCAUGGGUCGGAGAAAAGUGUCAUGUUUAUUGUCACGGGACAGGAUUCGCCUUCUGAUCGUGCAAAUGCGGAGGAAGCAGGCGCGGACGGGUAUUUAGUCAAACCUGUUGGACCGAAGGCGUUGGAUCGGAGCGUGAAACAAUGGUUCCCGCACGCUGAGAUAAAGUAG